AUGGACGCUCACGAAGAUCGAUUUGUGGGCCGUGUGCUAGUGAAGAACUACGAAUCUGUGUUCCAGGUUCGGACAAUGGGAUCGCUUCUGGCGGGGAUUGCAGCUGGCGUUCUCGGACUCACGAACGUCUGGGGCUUCUUUUUUUUCAUAGCUUGUGCUGCUGUUACGUCCUUUUCCAUCAUGGCGUUCGGCUGCGGUGGCAACACGCACAGAUGCUUCCCGAAAGGAACCUCGGAGCUCUUCUCUGUACAGCAACUGCUCUCAGGUGUCAUGACAUACAUUCUUGUAUGGACGGUGGCGUACGACUCUAUCUACAUUUUUUAG